AUGGAGAAAACCACCAUAGCAGCCCUGCUUGGUCGAGCCGACGACACUCAUUAUGAGGUCGCAACAUCGAAGAACGUCUUUCGAGGCCAGUAUGACACAGACUCCGUGCUGGUCACGCUCUCGAUCGCUUUGGCCCUCUAUAACAGCCUUGAGAUGGUGCUCUUGAUCGCAACGACAUUCAAAAGGUUUCGAGGACUAUAUUUCUACUCCCUUUCGCUAUGUACGGUCGGUGUACUAUUAUUCGCCAUCGGCAUGAUGCUGGGGUACUUCGAACUGUGCAUCAUGUGGCUGUGGAAAACCAUACUCGACAUCGGAUGGAUCAUGAUGAUUGUGUUCCAGGCACUUGUUCUGUAUUCACGGCUGAACUUGAUCUACGACGACAACCGGAUUGUGAAUGCUGUCAAGUGGAUGAUUGUGUUUACCACCUUUGCGUUUCUGAUUCCUGUAGUUGUGCUGGAUUUCGGUACCACAUACGGGCAAUCACCUGGCUGGUCGGAAGGCUAUUACUACAUUGAGCAAGUUCAGGUCACUGGCAUCACUUUGCAAGAGCUCAUCAUUUCCGGUCUCUAUGUCUGGAAAACGAUAGGACUGCUCAAGAUCAUCUCUCGCAAGCAUACUCGCAGUAUGAUCUACCAGCUAUUCAUCAUCAACGUGAUCAUUAUCGGCAUGGACAUCGUCAUCAUUUGUCUGCAGUUCUUGCACUAUCAACUCUAUCAGGAAGCUUUGAAAGUGUUCUUUUACAGCGUCAAGUUGAAGCUCGAGUUGAAUAUCCUGUCGAAGCUGGUCGAUCUAGUUCACGGCGGCAACCAACAACGUGCGUCCAUGACUCUCGACGUUAUCGAUUCGAAUACCAUCACUGGCCAGGAGCGUGACCUGGUCAAGGCUGAGCAGAGUGUAACAUCGUCCAGCAACAGACGCUUCAGUGCCAAGAGCUGGUUUGGCAGUCUGCACAGCGAUGCCAAAGGACCAAUGGAGCAGAUCAAUGAAGAGAGGCUUUCGGUGGAUGAGAAGUCUCAGAUGCCGUUGUCGCCAUUGCCUGCAGUGCUGAAUGGGCCGACCAUGGAUCACGGCAAACCGACUUCUACCAAACGGUCGUCGUCGAGUGGUGAUGGCGAGAUGGACGAGAUCAGUCCGGCCAUGGCAGAAUCGAGCAUAAGCCGUCCAUCGCCGAGGUUCAGAAGUCAUCGAGAGAGUGAUUUGAUGUAUGCCGAUUACUUGAGGGAGACUAGGUGA